AUGGCACAGAUACAGGAUAAAAGUAAGCAUGGUGAUGAUACACCCAAAAAGGCGAAGAAGGAUGCCUCAAAGAAAAAGAAGGAUGGCCACAAAGAAGAGGAAGAACUCAGCGAGGAGGAUCUUCAAUUGAAGUCCGAUUUGGAUAUGUUGGUGGAGAGAUUGUUGGGAACACAGACUGAUUUAUAUGAGACUGCAUUAGAGAGUAUGAAGAAACUUAUUAGGGAAUCUACGUCCUCUAUGACGGCAGUUCCCAAACCGUUGAAGUUCUUACGUCCCCAUUAUCCUGCAUUAGUUGCUUUGGCUGAAAAAUGCACCGAUCAAUCGUUGAAGGACAAGCUGAGCGAUGUUUUAUCCAUUUUGGGUAUGACUUAUUCCGAGACGGAUGGUCCUCAGUACAAAAGAGAGUGCCUUAAAUGGAGAUUGAGAAGCAAAUUUGAUUUAUCCAUCGGUGAAUGGGGUCACGAGUAUCUUAGACAUCUUUCCUUGGAAAUUGGAGAGGCUUAUCAAGAGGCAUUGGAAGGUUCAGGGGAAACCUCCGAGGAGGAGAAGAAGAAGAUAGGAUCUGCUGUUGACGAGGAGUCAGACACAAAGAAAGAAGUCGAAAAGGACGCCACCACUCUUACUACCACUGCUACUGUUGCUGCUGUUAAGGGUGUGUCCUCGCUUCCAGAAAAUUCAGAGACUUUAAUCAAACUUUCCAUAAUUAUUGUUGAAUAUUUCCUGAAGCAUAAUGGGGAGACUGAAGCUGUUGAUCUAUUGUUGGAAAUCGAGCAGAUUGAAAAGUUACCUCAAUAUGUCGAUAAAGACACCUAUGGACGUGUUUGUAACUACAUGGUGGCAUGCGUGCCUCUUUUGGCACCACCGGAUGAUCUUUCUUUCCUCAACACGGCGUUCACAAUAUAUCUUAGCAACAAUCAAUUACCUCAAGCACUCACUUUGGCCAUUAGGUUGGAUGAUGAGUCACUUAUUAGGGCCGUUUUUGAUGCUACUGAUGAUGAGCUGGUUCAGAAACAACUGGGAUUUAUGUUGGGUCGACAAAACUCCUGCUUCAAAGUUGACAAUGAGUCUGUUCAAGAGUGCAUUUCCAAUGUUAAACUGUCUGAGUAUUACAAGUAUUUGGUUGGAGAAUUGAACUUACUAAAACCCAAGGUUCCUGAAGAUGUGUAUAAAUCACAUUUAGAAACUUCAAUCUUUGCUUCUACCUCCCGUUUAGAAAGUGCUAAACAGAAUCUUGCUGCAGCUUUUGUCAAUGCUUUUUUGAAUGCAGGAUAUGGUACAGAGAAAUUAAUAGGAGAUGAAAAGUGGGUCUACAGGACCAAAGGAGAAGGAAUGCUUUCCACCACUGCAUCUUUAGGUAUGGUGAAUCUUUGGGACACAAAUGAAGGUCUCCAAGUAAUGGACAAGUAUCUAUAUUCUGAACAAAUCGAGGUUAAAGCUGGUGCUUUGCUCGAAGACUACAUAUCUGCGGAAAACAAACAGGAUAAGCGAUUGACCGCUGCCGCCAUUACUGGUUUGGGUAUUGCCUUUGCUGGUAGUGAAAAUGAGGAAGUUUUGAAUCUACUUUCUCCGUUGGUUUCAGAGCCUUCGGUUUCAUUAGAGAUUCAAUCCUUAGCAGCGUUGGCUCUUGGCCACGUGUUUGUGGGCACAUGUAAUGGUGACAUUACCUCUACAAUCUUGCAGGCUCUAUUAGAGAAAGAACCGGUGGAGCUGACCUCGAAAUGGAUUCGAUUCAUGUCAUUAGGUUUGGGAUUGUUGUACAUAGGCAAGUAUGAUCAAGUUGAUGAUGUCCUAGAGACUAUUGAAGCUAUUGAGCAUCCAAUUGUUAAAACUUUGAAAGUGUUGGUGACUAUCUGUUCGUACGCUGGUACUGGUAAUGUUCUUCAGAUUCAGCAGCUUCUUCAGAUGUGCAAUGUAGAGCAGAAGGAAGAAGAAGAAGAGGAGGAUGAGGAAGAGGAGGACGAGAAUGAGAACGAGAACGAGAAUGAGAAUGAGAAUGAGAACGAGAAUGAAAAUGAGAACGAGAACGAGAAUGAAAAUGAGAAUGAUGAGGAAGAAGAAGGGCAGGUCAAUGAUAAUACAGAGUCUACAGAGUCGACGGAAGUGAAAGAUGACAGCAAAAUGGACAUCGACGAGGCGAAAAGUAAAAUUGAUAGUGAAGAGUCAGACGAAAGUGAAAGCAGCAGCAAAAAUGCAGAAGAGGAUGAUACUUAUCAGGGAUACUGUGUCCUUGGAUUAGCAUUGAUUGCAAUGGGCGAGGAGAUUGGACAGGAAAUGUCUCUUCGUCACUUUGAUCAUUUAAUGCAUUACGGAACGCCUCUAAUGCGUCGUGCGGUGCCGUUGGCUAUGGGAUUAGUGAGUGCAUCUAGCCCUGAAAUGAGCGUUUACGACACUUUGUCCAGAUAUUCGCAUGACCAAGACUUGGAUGUUGCUUACAACGCUAUCUUUUCUAUGGGUCUUGUGGGAGCUGGUACAAAUAAUGCACGUCUGGCCCAGUUACUGCGUCAAUUGGCGUCAUAUUACAUUAAUGACCAGAAUGGAUUGUUUAUCACUCGUAUCUCCCAGGGAUUGGUGCAUCUAGGUAAAGGUACACUUACACUAUCACCAUUUACGGUGGAUAGACAGUCUCUGUCCAAGGUUGGCUUGGCAUCUCUAUUGACGAUAGCUAUCGCAUUGAUGGAUCCUAGAUCAUUCAUUUUGGACCAGAAUUCGAGCCUUCUAUACUAUAUUACAUCUGCAAUCAAGCCUAGAAUGCUUGUAACGGUGGACUCGGAUUUGAAACCAACCAAAGUGAACGUGAGAGUGGGACAGGCAGUGGACGUGGUUGGACAGGCCGGUAAACCAAAGACUAUCACUGGGUGGGUGACACAUUCAACACCUGUCUUACUUGGAGAUGGAGAAAGAGCCGAGCUGGAGACAGACGAGAAUAUUCCAAUAGCCUCAUCUUUAGAAGGCAUGGUAAUUCUUCGCAAGAACCCUGAUUAUAUGGAUAUGGAUGCGUAA